AUGUUGAUUGCGGAAUGGCCAAACUUCGCAAAGCCAAGAUUGUUAAUGGAGUAGACGCUGCGGAAGGAGAGUUUCCUUGGAUGGUCUCGUUAGUAGGUCUGCGUGGUGAGCGAUUCUGCGGUGGCGCCCUCAUCCAUAAGAAAUGGGUCCUGACUGCCGCCCAUUGUAUCACGAAAGAAGCUACGCAAUUUCACGUGGGCGUGGCUGGUCUUAAUAUGAAGGCUCGUGAUGGAACUGCAACAUCGCGGAAGGGCAUUCGAUUGUUGCGCGUUAAUCGCAUCGUCAAUCAUCCCACUUACGACCCCGUAAAGAGCAAAGUGGCCGACGACAUCGCCUUAAUUCAAUUGGAUCAAGAAGCCGAAUGGAACGACAUGGUUCAACCUACUUGUCUACCCAAUCCGGACAAGGACUCAUACACUGGAAUGGUGGCCACAGUGGCCGGUUGGGGUUUAACCAACGAAAUCAAAAACGGCGGCCAACGACCCAACACCCUGCAGAAGGUUGACCUACCUAUUAUAGAGAAUAAAGUGUGUCAGGAAUGGUACAAAGAAGAGAAGAAAUCGUUGACCAUCGUUGACACGUCAAUGUGCGCCGGGUUCGAAAAAGGUGGCAAAGACUCUUGUCAGGGUGACAGUGGAGGCCCGUUGAUGAUCAAAAAGGAUGGGCGACAUCUGCUCGUCGGUGUCGUUAGCGCCGGCGUCGGUUGUGCGCGACCUCGAUUGCCCGGCCUCUACACCCGCGUCAACAAAUACCUCGAUUGGAUCUCAGAGUUGGUACGUGCAGUAUGAUUU